AUGUAUCUGAACCAAAAAAAAAAAAAACAAACACGCUUCCAAAAUUGCCCUAACCUAAUCGACGCCUCUUCUCUCUCAAACCUCCGACGCUCCACUCUUCCAUAUCGGCUCUCCACCUUCGCAUCUCCGGCGCCACCCUCCAACACCUCCCGCGCCACCGUCGCACAGCAGAUUUCUCUUCAGAUUUUCCAGAGCCUCUUUGCCAUUCAUAUGUAUGAAUAA